GUACAACUUCUAUAGCAUAGUGUACAAGUAGCAUAUUCUCAUCUCCCCUAUGUAAGUCUGGGCGUUGCCUGCGGAGGAACUUCAGUUUAGCUUUGUUUUCAAGUAAUGGAUCCAUACGGUCACAACCACCACCACCACCGCCGUGACGACGAACCACCGUACCUACCUCCACCACACUUCGGCGGUGGACCACCACCUCACUACCCUCCUCCACCUCAUCUUGCUUACCCACCACCUCCAAACCGUGUUGAUGUCUACCCUCCUCAUGUCCCUCCUCCGUACACGGCAGAAUACCACCACCCACCACCACCACCGCAACCCAUCCACCAUGUCUAUCACGAGAACACUCACCAUACCCCCCACAUGCCUCCGAUCAUCAAUCACCACCAUACCGACCACCAUAAAAUCCCCGAAAAAUACACUGACAAUAAACCCACAGUUAGGGUUUACACCAAGGCGAGACCCGAUUUCUCACUCACGAUCCGUGAGGGUAAAGUGAUUCUAGCACCAUCUAACCCCUCCGAUCCUCAUCAGCAUUGGGUUAAAGAUCUGAAGUAUAGCACAAGGGUGAAAGAUGAACAGGGUUAUCCCGCUUUUGCCUUGAUCAACAAAGCCACUGAUCAAGCCAUGAAACACUCCAUUGGUGCAACUCAUCCGGUUCAACUGAUUGAGUACAACCCUAAUAGACUUGAUGAAUCGGUUCUUUGGACUGAAAGCAAGGACUUAGGUGAUGGAUAUAGAACUGCGAUAAUCAAAGGUGGAACAUGGUUCCAUAUUGAGGAUAUUCUAUUAUGUUGAUGUCUUAGCUAGCUAUAUAAUAUUGUCAUGUGGGAGGCUUUAUGUUUCUUGUGACUGGUGUUUGUGUUAUGUGUAUAUGUGAACAAUGAAAUAUUUGAAUAACAAUGACAUGUUUGAUGUUGUUUUACAUAUAUAACUUGGGGCUUAUAUAGAUUAUAAAAAC